AUGACUGCUACGACCACAAGUAGUCCUCCGCUGUCACAACCUCCUUUGGGUUUCUCUUCUCAGGGAAACGUUGUACCACCACAACCAAAACGGACUCCUACUGAAACUGUUAGAUCCAAAGCAUGGUUACACUUUGUUGCUGGGGGUGUCGGAGGUAUGAUGGGAGCUAUUGUGACUAGUCCAUUGGAUGUUGUAAAGACACGUCUGCAAUCCGAAUACUAUAAAAACAGAUUAAGCAAGACUCGAAUACAGAUUCCGGUCAUUAAACAUUUUGUUGAUACCGGACAAAUCCUUUGUCAAAUCUAUCGUGUAGAGGGAUGUCGUGCAUAUUUCAAAGGAUUAGGUCCUAACUUGGUAGGAGUCAUUCCAGCAAGAGCUAUACAUUUCUUUGCUUAUGGUAAUGGAAAGAGGAUAAUAACCGAGUUGAACGGCGGAGUAGAGACUGCAUUAGUACACACAUCAGCUGCCAUUUUGGCCGGAAUCACAACAUCUACAAUAACCAAUCCUAUUUGGCUAAUAAAGACUCGAAUGCAACUGCAGUCGAAUAACGCUAAUUCGCUAUUUCCGGUGAUGAAAUAUCGUAACUCGUUUGACUGUGUGUUACGAGUGAUACACGAAGAGGGCGUCAGAGGAUUAUACAAGGGUCUUAGUGCAUCUUAUCUAGGCACUGCGGAGAGUACCAUGCAAUGGGUAAUCUACGAAUCUCUGAAAGCAAAGUUAGCAGAACGUAGGAAAAGGAAUCAGAAAGUGGCGCUUGAUGUUAAUAGCAUGACGAGGAAAGGAACAAAUUAUUGGCAUUGUUGGUUGGAUAAUUUUAUUGCUGCUGGAACUGCAAAGCUAUUAGCUGCUUGCGUCACUUAUCCACACGAGGUUAUUCGAACACGACUUCGUCAGCCUCCGGAGCCGGAUGGUAAAUUAAAAUACACAGGUAUAAUCCAAUGCGUGCGAACAGUUGCCCGCGAAGAGGGCUUGGUUGCUCUAUAUGGCGGAUUAAGUGCGCAUUUGAUGAGAGUGGUACCAAAUGCUGCAAUAAUGUUUUUCUGCUAUGAAUUUAUUCUUAAUUAUGGAAGUCAACGGAGCUAG